CCGCGGGUCAUUUCUCCUGAGGUGGCGGCUCGCUUCUCUGCGGAAGCCGUCGGGGAGCGGCGCCGCUCCGCGCCGCGCCGGGAAUCCACAAUUAAGAGAUUGACUUGAGCUGGAUAUGUUGGUACAGCAGAGGCAGGUGGAUCUCUGAGUUCAAGACCAACCUGGUCUACGAAGAUACAAAAUAUGGAAAGUCCAGACAGAAAAAGACAGAAGGUUUUAAAGGCCAAAAAAACAAUGCCUACAAGUUGCCGGAAGCAGUUGGAGAUCCUGAACAAGUCAAAGAAUGUUGAAGUUUCAAAAGCAACAACUGGAAUUAAUAUUCCAAAUGGCCAUAAUCAAAAGAAGAUGUUUUCAGAAAACAAAGAAAAUGUUAAGCUUAUGAAAGCUUCAGAGCAAAUUAAUGAAAAUGGUUGUGUGGCUCUGGAAAGGCAUACAGCACUGCUAGAACAGGUUAAACAUUGGAUUCGACAGGAAGUCUACAUGAUAAAUUGUAAUCUAUUUGAUAAAAAACUGAAUGAACUGAAUGAACGCAUUGGAAAGACCCAGUGCAAGAAUAAGCAUGAAGCAAUAGCUGGUGAACUCUUCGUGAAAAUUAGAAGACUACAAAGACGUAUCAAAACAGUAUUAUCAUCUCAAGGAGAUUGUUUGGAACCAAAAACAUUACCCAGUAAUACAGUCUGUAAGGUUACAGAUGCAGAGGCCAUGAAUUCGAGUGUGACCCAAAAGUCAGUUAAAAGCCUAAGUAAAAGAAUGCCUUCUGUGAACCCUAAUCCUUUUAAUAAGUCUUCAGAAAAAGCAAGUACAAGGGUUAAUUUGUCAUCAGCUUGUGUUGAGUUUGUUUCUGAAAGUAACACUGAUGAUGUUAUGUUCAUUUCUGUGGAAAAACCUAAUUUGACAACUCCAAUUACAUCAGAUCCAACAGAAAUUGGAAAAAACACAUCAAGGAAAUUCAGCAACUCACCUAAUACCAUAAUUGAAGUUGAGGCUGUAAAGAAGAAACUUGAUUUUGUUAUUGACUUGACAAGAGAAGGCCUGUCCACCUACAGCAUAGGCCCUGCCUUAUCAAGAUUCCCAAUAGUGCCAUCAGCUGAGGACCAAGCCUUCAACACAGGGGCCUUUGGGGGCCAGUCCAGAUCCAGACUGCAAUUGGUAGGAACCAAGCCACUCACCAGAAGAAAGAAGUCUCCUGUGAGAGAAAAAAGAAAACCUUCAGGCACAAACUGUACCCUAGAAGAGGAUAACCAGGCUGCUACAGGGUACAGAAGUGAGAUCUUUCAAGAACUAGAUUGAGUCCUUCAAGCAAUGACAACAGUAAAAGUUUCACCGCCAUCUUGCAGAGUCAGAACCAGACCAUACAUUGACCAGGGCUGCAUAAUUAUGUAUGUCCACAUCAACGCCUUUAAAAGACUACAUAAUAAAAUUCUACAGUGAUUCUAGUACAAUGAAUGUCCUAUGUAGCUAUGACUAGAAAAGUGUAGAGUUGUAUAUCUAACCCUAAAUAUACAAAAGUUGAGUUAAAGGCAUAUGAGUUGGACAUGUGCAAAGUGAUCACUAGGUACUUUUUUCAGUUAGUUAUUUGAGAAGUGUUUGGUGUAGUCCAGACUUUCUUUAACUUACUGUGUAGUCAAGAAUAACUUUGAACUCCUAAUCCUUUUGCUGGGAUUGCAGGUGUAUGCCACUACACCCAGCAAGUACCCUCCUUAGAGUGGUGUGUUUUAUGUGCUUACACAUGCACAUACAUGCAUGUAUAUGUGUGUGAUGCUGAGGAGGAAACCCAGGGCCUCAAUGUGUUUUAUCACUGAAUUGCAUCCCUACCUAGUAUUCUCUUUUCUAAAUUUUGUAUCAUACAUGAACAUGUGAACAUAUGAGUUGGCCAGUACAAUUUUGAUGUUUCUCUAGUCUGUGUACCAUUCUGAUAUCAGGCAGCGUAGCCCAGCUGUCUCAGAUGUGGCUGCCAUCUACUGGCACUGAUGCUGCAUGUUUCAUUGUGUAGCUUAGGUGCACUAGAUAUCAGGAAUCAAGUCUGGGUAGUUUGUGCUAUCCCCUGGGCUUGUGAGUGUUAAGUUCUGGAGGCCUGUCAACUCACAGAUCCCAAUUCUCACUUCAGAAGUAGAAGCUGAAUUCAUAUAGAAAGGGUUUGUGUACUGCAGUGCUGACCAUUGCUGACUUCACUGUAUGUUUGAUGGAUUUAUGUUCCUGAAGUAGACAUUCUUCUAGAGAAUGCAAAGCUAGUGUUCCAAAAAAGAAUUGUUAGUGACACUAGCCCUUUCCUUCAAUCCAUUGGCAUGCAUAUGUUCCUAAUUGUAUCAUGCACAUUCCCUUUUAAGUAGAGUUAAUUAGACACCCCCAACACUGUGUCAUCCUAAGGCUUGGACACUGGCCACCUAGGAGUGUAUUAGCAAAUACAGCUAUUCUAAUUUAUCUAGAAAACAAAAUUAAAUGGAGAUUUGCACAUUAAAAUGUUAUUGACAAACUGUCAUCUUUUAACCCAAAACAAGAAUGUAAAUGUAUGCCUGGGAAGAAAAUGAGGACAACUUAGUAAUGCUAACAUAAUGCUGCCAAUCAUAAUUGUUUUCUUCAGCUGCUGAAUGCCAUGGAAAUAACUGCUUUUAUCUGCUAAGGUUCUACAAGACUAGCUAGCCAUUACUGUCAUAAGUCUUUGUCAUCUGAAGU